CCAACUUGAAACCCUGGAGGAAAUGGAGAAGGACGUGCAUGAAGCCAUUGAAGCAGCAGAACGAAAUGGUGAAGUAAUCCGAAAAAAUGUUCAACAUUGGAUAGCAAGUGUUGAGGGAGUCAAGAUGGAGGCCAGAGAGUUUUUGGAAGACAAUAGGAAAGGAAACAAGAGAUGUUUUAAAGGGUGGUUUCCUGAUGUGAAAGCACGUUACUUGCUAAGCACAAAAGCAAUGGAGAAACAUAAGAAAAUAGAAAGGCUAUGUGAAGAGCAAAAAGUAUUUGACAUUAAUGUUUCUCUGCCUGCACGUCCUCUCGGAUUAGAUUCCAUAACCUCCAAAGAUAUUGUUCUCUUUCAAACAACGAAAGUAGCAAUGGAACAAGUCACGGAUGCAUUGAAAAAAGAUUGUACUAAUUUUGUGGGGAUACAUGGAAUGGGGGGUGUAGGGAAGACCACUUUGGUGAAAGAAAUUGCUAGAAAAUGCAAAGAAGAGAAGCUUUUUGAUAAUGUGGUAAUGUCCGUGGUGUCACAAACUGUCAACGUGGAAAGUAUUCAGGAGCAAAUAGCUGACUUCUUGGAUUUAAAACUAGAAGAAAAAAGUGUACUUGUAAGAGCAAGUCGAUUAAAGAAUCGACUAACGAGUGUGAAUAAGAUCCUUGUUAUAUUGGAUGAUGUUUGGGAAAGACUUGAGCUAAAUACUAUCGGCAUUCCUUCAGGGGAAGAUCAUAAGGGUUGUACAGUUGUCAUCACCACAAGGCGUAGACAGGUGUGCACUGCCAUGGGCAGCAGGGACCAAGCUACAAGUAUUGUCAGUCUUGAUGUCUUAAGUAAACAAGAAUCUUGGGAGUUGUUUAAGUUGCAAGUUGGUGAUAUUAUUGAGUCUCCCACGGUGAUAAAUGUGGCAGAGAAACUUGUCAAAGAGUGCGGAGGUUUGCCUAUUGCUCUUGUGACAGUGGGAAAUGCUAUGAGAGGCAAAGAUUUAGAAGAAUGGAAAGAUGCUGCUCUAGAGCUCGAGAAAUCAAAUCCUAUAAAUAUUGAAGGCGUUGACGAAAAUGUUUUCAAGUGCAUCAAAUUCAGCUAUGAUUAUUUGAGAGAUGAGGAGGCCAAGGCUUGCUUCCUACUUUGUUGUUUAUUUCCAGAUGAUUAUAACAUUGAAAUAGAGAGGUUGGUUAGAUAUGGGGUGGGGUUGAAUACAUUUAAGAGAGUUGACAAAAUUCAUGAAGCCAGAAGACGAGCACAUUUGAUAAUCAACAAUCUUAAAGCCUCUUCUUUAUUGGUGGCAAGUGAAGAAAAAGGCUGCAUCAAAAUGCACGAUGUUGUUCGCGAUGUUGCUAAAACAAUUGUGUUGGAUAAAUAUUUUGUGAAAGAUGAUGAGGUUUUGAAAGAGUGGCCAAAUGAAUUGAGUAUGGAUGAAUAUAAUGGUAUUGGCAUCUCUUUGAUGAGAAAUGAAAUCCAAAAGUAUCCUGAUGCUUGGGAAUGCCCAAAUCUUCAGAUAUUUUUGACACAUCACUACAAUGUUAAGCAAGAAAUGCCCGAAGAAGUAUUCAAGGGAAUGAAAAAGCUCAGAGUUUUAGAUCAAAUGCAUAUUAAGUACUCUGGAGGGAGAAGAUUGGAGCCAUCACUUAGUCAUCUGACUAAUCUCCGGACAUUAAUUAUUGAGGGUGAUCGCUAUGGGGACAUGCAGAUAUGGGGCAUUAGCGCACUUGGAGAGCUAAAAAUGCUAACAAUUGUCAGCUUUAGAUAUUGUUGGUUUAAAGAGCCGCUGGAUGCACUGAGGAAGUUGAAGAACCUGAGGUUGGUAGAUUUGACAUUCUCUCAUAAUUGUUCAUCUCUUUUCAACUACACAGGAACACUCGCUGAAGAUUGGAAUUUUUCGCAAUUAGAAGAAGUACGCGUGACUGAGAUGGUGUCUUGCAGUGUUGCCGAGCUGUUCAAAUCUCAUCCUCGUUUAAAUGUGUUGAAGAUUUGUAUAACAGACAUUCGUCGGAUACCUGACAACUUUGUCUUCCCCUACUUGGAAAAUUUUCACAUUUCUGUGAGCGCGGGGAUACAUAGUGAAUUUGAUGUUAUGUCAGACUAUUUUGAAAAUAGUUUGCACGUCCACAACGUACAUGGCAUGGGAUUGCCAAACAGGUUUGUGACAUUAUUGCCGGGUGUAAGUAUUUUAAGUCUUUAUCGCUUAGAUGGAUUCAGAAACAUCCUUCCCAACUUCUUGGUUUGUAGAGACAGUUUCGCUGUCUUGAAAAAAUUGCGAGUUGAUGAAUGCGCAGACUUGGAGUUCUUGAUCAAUAAUGAGGAGGUAAUUAGUAAGAUUCCACAGCCAGAUUGUUUCAAAUAUUUGGAGGAACUGCGACUUUUUGAUUUACCGAGCUUUAGGGGGUUGUGUAGCAAUAGCAUGGUUCUUGUUGACAUUCCCUACUCCUUUAUAAGGCUAAAAGUAUUGCGUAUAACAAGUAGUCCCAAAAUGUCAAAUAUGGGCGUUCCACUUAAUCUGUUACGAAGAAUGCGACAACUUCAAGUCCUAAACAUAUUUCAGUGUGAAGCACUAGAGUACUUGGUUGAUCUUAGAGAAGAACGAGUAGAGGAUGCUGUUGAGGAGGAGGAAGGAAUACUUGUCAAAUUAACGGAUAUGACGCUACGAUGGUUGCCUAAUUUAGAGCAGUUGUGGAAGGGCUCUAUUGGACUGGUGCACUUACUCAACUUGAAAACAGUGGAGAUUAGGUGGUGCGACAAACUGAAAGUUCUUUUCCAUUGGUCUGUAGCUCAAAGACUUGAACAACUGGAAGAGCUAACAGUUCGUGAUUGCAAGGAAUUGGAAGAGAUAGUUGGAAGGGAGACAGGAGAAGAGGCUAUUCAUAAGGUGCUGUUUCCUGAAUUAAAUUUUCUGUACCUGGAGGGACUUCCAAGACUAGUUGGUUUCUACACUGGUAACUUGCCUGGGAGCCAAAGCACGCCCAAGCUCAAGACCGUUCGUAUUUAUGGGCAUGGUAGUGUGAGUGACAUAGCAGUUGAUGGCAAGAACUUAGACACAUUUAUAAAAGACAACAAAGAGCUUCUAUUUUAAAUGGAAGAGGAGGAAGAAGAAUAAAUGGCGGCUAAUGCUGUGCAGAGAAUGGUAUAAAUAAGCUGCUUCUUUUUUGUUCUUUGAGUUGAUGAAUUGUUCUUCUGAUCACCUAAAUUGGGCUUUUAACUCCUCCAUUUUUAUGAAUCCAGCCUGAUCAGGAUGCUGAGUUCCUACAACAUCUUUCCUGUUAUGGCU